AUGGCCCUCAUGGCAUGGCUGCCAAUCAUGGUCCAGGCCCUGCUCUCGGGCGGCGACCCCACCACCAUCGCCCAGGCGCCCCGCCCGCCCGCCGGCGGCGGGGGCGACCACGCAGCCGCCGGCGGCGCGGACGCGGACGCGGGCGCCGCGGCGGUGCUGCUUUCAGGGAUCCCUUUUGCCUGCGCUGCGGCCGCCUCGACGUUCGUCGGCGCCGCGAUGCAGCGGACGGGGCGGCCGCUGCACUACCUGUCCGGGCUCAAUCUGGCUGGCGGCGCUGCAUUCGUCGCGUUCCACCGCGCGGUCCGCGCCAGCCGCGCGGCCGGCUUCGCCUGCCUCGUGGCCACCCUCAGCUGCGCCUACGCGGGCGCGCCGGCCGCGCCCUGGAUCGUGGCGCGGCUGACCGCCGGGCCCGGCGGCGGCGCCGCGGUCGCGCUGCCGCUGUUCAAUUCGUUGGCAAUGCUCGGCGGCUUCCUGGGGCCGGCCGCGCUGGGGGCGCUCGCGGAGAAGCUGCGCGGCGACUUCGGGGCGGCGACGGCGCUGCUCGGCUGCAGCAUGCUGGUCGCGGGCGCGCUGGCGGGGGCGCUGGGGUGGGCGAUGGCGCGGGACCCGGAAACGCGGCAGAUUGUUGCGGCAAAAGUCGGGGGCGGGGCCGGCGGCAGGUAUGAGGCCGUGGCCUCGAAGGAGGCAGACCCAGAGGCGGCGAGCCCCUGA